CCCCACUCACACACACAGAGAAACAGAGAGAUGGGAGCAGCAGGGGAAGCCAGUAAAUUCUCUGAGGAAGCAUAUGCGUAUCCCAUGACAGGUGGAGAUGGACCCAACAGCUAUGCCAAAAACUCAACUUUGCAGAGAGGAGCUGGGGACGCUGCCAAAGAACUUCUAAACGAGGCAGCAGAAAAGCUUGACAUAGACAUCUUGUCAUCUUCUAACACGUUUCAUAUUGCAGAUUUGGGUUGCUCUGUCGGGCCAAAUACAUUUUUUGCAGUUGAAAACAUAAUUGAAGCUGUGAAAUUCAAGUUUCAGAACCAAGGGCUGAAUUCUCAAAUCCCUGAAUUUCAAGUAUUCUUCAAUGAUCAUACUCAAAAUGAUUUUAACAUGCUCUUCAGAUCCUUCUCGCAGAACAGGCAAUACUAUGCUGCGGGUGUGCCUGGUUCUUUCUAUGGUCGCCUAUUUCCUGAUGCUUCUAUUCACUUUUUUCACUCUUCUUAUGCCCUUCAAUGGCUUUCUAGAGUACCAAAAGAGGUAGUGGACAAAAACAGUCCAGCAUGGAACAAAGGACGAAUCCAUUACUCUAAUUCCACGGAUGAAGUAGUAAGGGCUUAUGAAGCUCAACAUGCUGAGGACAUGGAGUGCUUUCUAAAUGCCAGGGCACAGGAGAUUGCUGAUGGAGGAGUGACGGUACUGCUCAUUCCAGGCCGCCCCAAUGGUACCCCCCAUUCUCAUCCUGUGGGAAAUGUGAGCUUCCAACUUAUAGGAUCUUGCCUCAUGGAAAUGGCUAGGAAGGGAGUAGUAAGCGAAGAACUGGAAGCUGCUGUAGAAGGAAAUGGACGUUUUAGCCUAGAGAAGAUGGAAACCUUACCUCAUGUCUGGACACAUGGCACGGUCUCUGUAACCCAACUAGUUGUAUCUCACCUGAGAGCUGCCUUGGAGGGACGCAUCACACAACAAUUUGGAGAAGAAAUUGUAGAUGAGCUCUUUGAAUCGUAUCUUAAGAAACUUGAAGAGCAACCCUCCAUCCUUGCAACAGGGACUGCAAUUAUCUUUCUUGUUGUGCUUAAACGCAAGGCAAAUUGAUGUGAAAAUGCUGUUUCGGUAUUCGUGAAGCUAUAGUUCAAUUUCCUUGAGCUUCAUUGUUAUGCUAGUUGUUUUAUUAUAAGACUAAGUGACAUAAAAUUGCUGCAAUAUACACCCAUGAGUCUUAGCGCAAUUGGCAUGGAUGGACAUGAUGGGAUUGCUGGA